AUGGGUGUGAGGGCCUCUUUGGAAAGAGGUUGGAACCGCAUCAUUGUGGAAAAGCCCUUCGGGAGAGACCUGCAGAGCUCUGACCAGCUGUCCAACCACAUCUCGUCCCUGUUCCGUGAGGACCAGAUCUACCGCAUCGACCACUACCUGGGCAAGGAGAUGGUGCAGAACCUCAUGGUGCUGAGAUUUGCCAACAGAAUUUUUGGCCCUAUCUGGAACCGGGACAACAUUGCCUGCGUGAUCCUCACCUUCAAAGAGCCCUUUGGCACUGAGGGCCGGGGGGGCUACUUCGAUGAAUUUGGAAUCAUCAGGGACGUGAUGCAGAACCACCUGCUGCAGAUGCUAUGUCUGGUGGCCAUGGAGAAGCCCGCUUCCACCGAUUCCGAUGACGUCCGGGAUGAGAAGGUCAAGGUGUUGAAGUGCAUCUCUGAGGUGAAGGCUGACAACGUGGUCCUGGGCCAGUACGUGGGGAAUCCCAGCGCAGAAGGAGAAGCCGCCAAAGGCUACCUCGAUGACCCCACCGUGCCUCUCGGCUCUACCACUGCCACCUUCGCUGCGGUCGUUCUCUAUGUGGAGAAUGAGCGGUGGGAUGGGGUGCCCUUCAUCCUUCGUUGCGGCAAAGCUCUGAAUGAGCGCAAGGCAGAGGUGAGGCUACAGUUCCACGACGUGGCGGGUGACAUCUUCCACCAGCAGUGCAAGCGCAACGAGCUGGUCAUCCGCGUGCAACCCAACGAGGCCGUGUAUACCAAGAUGAUGACCAAGAAGCCCGGCAUGUUCUUCAACCCCGAGGAGUCGGAGCUGGACCUGACCUAUGGCAACAGAUACAAGAACGUCAAGCUCCCUGAUGCCUAUGAGCGCCUCAUCCUGGACGUCUUCUGUGGCAGCCAGAUGCACUUUGUGCGCAGCGACGAGCUCCGGGAGGCCUGGAGGAUCUUCACUCCCCUACUGCACAAGAUUGACAGCGAGAAGCCACAGCCCAUCCCCUAUGUGUAUGGGAGCCGCGGCCCCACAGAGGCAGACGACCUGAUGAAGAGAGUAGGCUUCCACUAUGAGGGUACCUACAAGUGGGUGAACCCCCACAAGCUCUGA